AUGGAAGACGAGAAAACUAAGUUUUCAUCUUUCUCACCAUUCUCUAGGAACGAAUUCUUAGAAGAGAAUCCUCACACCAUCAGCCUAAACAAAGUGGUGCCAACACCAUCACUUGAACAACCUUCCUCAAUUGAAGUUUUUGAGCUCUCUGAAGAGUCAACGAUGGACAAUCCUCCGUCCACCCAUAGAAAAUACCAGGGUAGACCUUCGGGGUCUAGGAAUAAACCCAAACCACCCAUGGUUAUAAUGGAAAAUUCAAUUGCUGACGUGCAAAACGUUGUCCUCGAGAUUCCUAUCGGAAAUGAUGUUGUGGAUUCCAUAAUCUACUUUGCUAGGAGUCAUGAAGCUAGCAUAGUUGUGAUGAAGGGUUCUGGACUUGUAUCCGACAUUACUCUUCUCCAACCAAAUUCUCGUAUCCCGGCUUUCCAAUUAGAUGGUCCAUUUAAUGUGUUAUCUCUAGCGGCUAUUCUUUUCAAGAGGCCUGGAUUUCAUAGGGUGGUCACCACUGAUGGGAAUGUUCAAUUAUUUGAAGAUGAUGACGUCUCAAUAAUUUAUGAUGGUGUUAAUGCUAGUGAUUAUGGUGGUGUUGAAGCCAGUGAAACUCAAUCAGAAAAUCAAGUUCUCCCUUAG